AGCGAGGCGCAGUCGCAGUGCGUCUAGGGCAACUGGGGCGGUGGCGUCUGUUUUCAGGUGCCGGUGAGCGAAAGAAAUGGCGAGCGAAACUGCGUCUGCAGCCUCAGUCCUCACUCUGGCUCCGCCUUUGGAACAGCUCCGGCACUUGGCGGCGGAGCUGCGGUUGCUCUUGCCUGGAGUGCGGGUCGGCGAAGCCCGGGAGACCACUGAGGAGUUUAAUCGGGAGGUGUUCUGGAGAAGACUCAAUGAGGCAGCUGUUAAAGUGUCAUGGGAAGCCACCGCUCUGACUACAGUCUUCUCUCGACUUCCAUUGCCGUCUCCACAGGAAACCCAGAGGAUCAGUGAACAAGUCUGUGCUGCCGUCAAGGCAAUUAUUGCGGUGUACUAUUCACUUCCCAAGGAACAGGGGAUCACCCUGAGAAAGCUGGUACGGAGUGCCACUUUGGACAUUGUGGAUGGCAUGGCUCAGCUUGUGGAAGUGCUUCUUAUCACUCCACCUCAGAGCCCUGAAAACAGUAACCUUAUUUCCUACAACAAUGUCUGGGUUGCAUGCCAGCAAGUUCCUCAGAUACCAAAAGAUAAUAAAGCUGCAGCCCUAUUAAUGCUGACAAAGAGUGUGGAUUUUGUGAAGGAUGCACAUGAAGAAAUAGAGCAGGCUGUGGAAGAAUGUGACCCUUACUGUGGUCUCUUGAAUGAUUCUGAGGAGGACAACCACAGCAAUGAAGAUGUGUUGGGGUUUCCAAGCAAUCGAGACUUAUAUUGGUCUGAGGAAGAUCAAGAGCUCAUAAUCCCAUGUCUUGCACUGGUGAGAUCAUCCAAAGCUUGCCUGAAGAAAAUACGGAUCUUAGUGGCAGAGAAUGGGAAGAAGGAUCAGGUGGCUCAGCUGGAUGACAUUGUGGAUAUUUCUGAUGAGAUCAGCCCUAGCGUGGAUGAUUUGGCUCUGAGCAUAUAUCCACCUAUGUGCCACCUGACUGUGCGAAUCAAUUCUGCAAAACUUGUAUCUGUUUUAAGGAAGGCACUCGAAAUUACAAAAGCAAGUCAUGUGACCCCUCAGCCAGAAGAUAGUUGGAUCCCUUUACUCAUUAAUGCUGUUGAUCAUUGCAUGAACAGAAUUAAGGAGCUCACUCAGAGUGAAAUUUAAUUAUGAGUUUUCAGGCGCAUUCAUAUUCUCCUUUUACUCUCUCUUAUUGUCCCAGCCAGAUCUAUAAUGUCUGCUUUUAAGAAUGGAGCUAGAAUACUUGCUGGAUGGAAAGGGAAUUCCUGUCUAUAUUUAACAAGAGACUCUAUUACCAAAGAUUGUUGGUUAAGCCAGAUUGGCAAUUAUUUAUAAACAGUAUGAGUAUGAUAUAUUUUUCUGCUAGAUACAAAAGAUAAUUGCAUGAGUCAGUAUUCCUGAAUGGCCUCUCAGAGACUCCUAGGGAAGCUGCCUUAAUCCUUAUUUGCAAUAAAGUAUGUUUUUCAUUGUUACAGA